AUCUUGAGUCACUGCCACCCCUGGCCACUUUUCUGGAUCCACCCCUGGGAGGACUAUGAACAAAUGUAAACAUUUUAUACGUUUAUGUCAAUUUAUCAGUGCACGAUGUUUUCAUAAUCAAGGCAUUCAAACAGAGCACUCAAGCGGGCUUCAUCAUCUCAGCUUUAAAGCAGAGGAAUAUCUUACAAUGAGCUAACAGUGUGUGUGUUAAAUGCCUGCUAGCUGUGAUGCUGAUGCUAGCUUCAUAGCCAUUGAACGAGGCGACUCGAAUUUACCGGUAGCAGCUUCCCCAGACGGGGAUUUCCUGUUAACACUAAGUAACCUACCAUACGAGUACCAAAGAGAAAGUUACCUACCGGAACUGUUUGCACUUUUAGGUCCGUUUGCUGUAUUUCCUGUGGAAAGUUACUUAUUAAGCUACAUCCAUUCUCGUUUUUUGCCCUCGACAGUCGAGGCUGGCAGCUGCUGCUGAGUAUGGUAUUGAACACUUUAGUGUGGCUUGUAUGUAUACUGCUCUACAUACUGUGGAAACAGUUAGCUUUUAAGGUCUCUGCCUUUAUGAAGUGUAUGCGAAGUUUUAUAUUUAUACAUUUAACGACCUAAAGUCGACACAGGAGUGACUAUUGUAACACCUGCCCAUCCCACUUCAUGAAUUUCUUGGUCCUGAAUUGAGGCUGAAGUAUUUCUUAUCAUAUACAGUUUUUGGAAAGAGACCUAUGAAGCAAAUUUAAACAUAAGUUUGCAUCAAAUUCAUGAUAUGCAUAUGUUUGUGUGUGGGUUUGUUCUUGAUUUAAUCCCACUGAACUUGUGACUGUUAACCAAGUAAUGACUAAAAAAAGCUACAAUGAAGUUUAACUGAUAUCAACUGCAAUAACUUUUCACAAGGUUAUAAAUAAUAUAUGUGAUAUAAUACUACUACUCUACUUUUCCAAAUGUGGUAUUUGGAGUAUAGUAGUACCAACAUGCACUGCCUCGGGGUAUUUCCCAGGGAUAGCCUUAAACAACUGGAGUGUCGAAAUUGAGCAUUGUGUCUCUUUUAUGGUACUUGGUCCAGACAAUCUAGAUGUUGGGGGGUUUGCAGGUCACAGGUCACAUUUCAAAGUUAGAUGGUGAAGAAAGAUAACUUAGAGAUAAAGAGAUGAUGUAGGAGGACAUAAAACUCUAACCUUAUAUAACAGGAUCACACACUCAGGUUUGGGAGAGAUGGACAUCAUUGGCAGUCCUCUUUUUUUAUUUGCUCCCCUCAUGAAGUGGACAGAUCAUAAGGAACACCCAUCCAUGAAACACACUCAGAUACACCACCAUCAUCCAUCCCAUCUUUUAUCAUAAUAUACAAAAACCACUCAUCAGAUCAUGUCAACAAAAACUGAAAACGUAAAAGCUUCCACAAAUUAGAAUUAGUGUAGGUGUAUUGUGUGUUUGUAAAGUCCUAUCUGGUCUCUAUGUAGUUUUGAUGUCUGACUUAUUUGUCCUUUGCUCACCCCACUGUUUGUCCCUGCAGCAUUUAUGCGACAAGAUUGUGCCUCCAUCUGCUGGCCCAAAAGAGGACCUGCUCUUGCUUUUGAAACUCCACUUCAACAGUGCCCCCAAGAUGCUCAAAUCCACGGUUGUGUAAAUCUUGUUUUGACUGUGUUAUUCUGAGGAACCCAAAAACUAUCCUCCUGUUAUGUGUUUAACAGUUUUGUAGAGGUGUUUGGGGAAGUGUCUCUGAUAGCUGGUCCAGUUUUAAUCAGACUGAAAGUGCUACAGAGAUACACAGUAUUUACGUUUCAAAGAGAGCUGCAAGCCUUCAACCCGUAUUUUAAUUAAUAUUUUAUUUGGUAAUUCCAGAAAUUUUGUAAACUAUUAGAAAUAACGAAGAAAACAAACUUUUUUUUUACAUUCUAUAAGCUGCUUAUGCCGACAUUUGACAUUUUGACAUGAUGUGACUUGAAUGGUCAAACAAAGGGUUUGCAUCGUUAAAAAUCUGUUAAUUGACUUAUCCCUGCAUCUUAAAUUUGCGUUGAGGGCAUUAAAAAAAUAAUAAUGAGAAUUUAAUCUCUUUCAGGAUAUGUGGAACCUUUUUCUCUUUUAUUAAUAUUAAUUAUUAUAAUUAUUUCAACAGGAAAUGAGUGCAGUUGAAGGGGCAUGCUGUACCAGCUGACUGAGGUGACCCUUGGAGUGCCACAUUGGGACUUUGUAGGGAUGGAAAGGCUUAGUUAAUUAAACCCAGUCGACUGCAGCCUGAGAGAACAGCAGGAAGAGGAGCGAGCACACCGUGCAGAACAACAAAGGUGAGUCUCACUGUUUUGGCUGAGGAAGGACAAGAAAUUUGCAAUGAAAGUAACUGGAACAUUAAUACAAGAGGAGAACAGCUGUGAUUUUUAUAGUUAUUUGGUAAAUCAGAAUAUCUGGCAUGAUGCAAGUGUGUUCAGAAGAGAACUCUUAUUUGGUGUACAUUUAUCUAACUAUUUCUUUAAAAACUACACCUGAUAAUUUAGUGUGGUGUUUUAUCUGCUUGUCAUUCUUUCUGCAGUUCUUGUAUUUUUCACCUCUCUUUGCAGAAUUACAUUUUUAGUUAUCUCUUUAUUACCUAAACGAAUAAAUACACGUGCUUUUUUCGUAGCAGCCUCCAGUUGGGCUCUGAACUGAGUAGACUCUGAGUGAAGUGAGACAGAUGACACGGUAUGAACUUAUGAUAAAUUUAUGAACUUGAGCUUAAAUGCAGUUCAGUCUGGUUUUUUAGUUCUGCAGACAAAAAGAAAGACUGUUGUAAAAUAUUAACAGUAUAGCUGUUUUACACAUUUUGUUGACAUGUAUUAUGCCAAAUACAUCUUUACUUUACGUCUCUCAGUCUUGUACAAACUUACAAGAGGUUGUAAUUCCAUGAUGAGAUGUUGGUUUCUUAAUAACUCCUUGUAUCAGUUUUUUUUAUUUUGUGACUGUGCAAGCCAAACCACUUCGACAACUGUUCAUGUUUAGAAGUUUGUCGUUUUGUCUUGGUAAUCCCGUUUCUUACAGAGCUGAUGAAUGGAAAGUGUCCUGAUUCUCUUUCAAUGGGAGUGUAAUCUCCUUCCCAUAAGUCUGGUCGAGAUACGGCUCUUAUUUUCCAGGUUCACACUAAUAUUAACAGCACUAGGUCUUUUACAUCCUGUGAUACCAAAUUUCAUAAACGUCAGUCAUAUUUUUAGCAGUCAUAUGUUGCACGCAUAACACACAAUUGAGGACGCCAUGUCGUUCCUCUUGUAGGUGCAUGUCUGCAGAACAAAGUCAAAACACUUCCAAUAUGUACAAUGAGUGAGAAAUUCAGCAUCAUCUUGAUCAUGCAUAAUUCAUCUGUGCCUGUUAUUAUCAGAGAGUUACAUUAUUAUGGCAAUGAUAUAGAACAGCACACAAUGCUGCACUUGAAGUAAAACACUUAUUCAACUGUAUUUGAUAGAAGUAAUCUGAUAUUGUUCUCUAAAUAUAUCCUAUUAGAUACAAGGUUAAUGUUCCCCAGUACUUCAGAUGUAGCAGAUGGCGUUAAGGGAUUAGAGUAACUCCCUUAGCAGUCUGCAGUCAGUCAAGUUCGGCAUCCGCUUAUAGUGCUCCAUCCUCAAUUUUGGGAGAGGGGAGGGAGAGAGGAGAGGAGGAGGAGGAGCCAGCAGCUUUCCUGCCUGGCCCUGAGUCACAUGGGCUCUGUGCUACCGCUUCAGACCGUUACCUGCCUUGACUUUAGUUUCUGUGGGAGGUGUUGUGGAUGCGGGGUGCACGCAGCUCUGUGAAAAAAACACCUUAGGUAUCCCUUCAGAUUGCCAUGCUGAUUACAUGCUGGUAUUUAUACCUCACAGCUCGGAGCGUCGCCGAACACUGCAAGUAUUAUUGCUGUUUCUGUGCCUAGCUGGCUGUGUUUUCAAGGUGAACUUCAACAGGGCCAAGAUCUGUCACUGUGUCGUCUCUCUGGUCUUUUAAUAAAUUCAGAAGUCAGAAGAGUGAUGCUGCCAUUAGUGCUGCUGAUUGUCAGUCUAGUUUUGUAACCCUUCUUCACUCAAAAUGUAACAUGUUUAAAUGUAAAUGCAUUAUUUAUGAAGUUGGAGCUCACAGUCUGCACUCUGGGUGCAGGACUGAGUCCCUUAGUACGUCGUCUUUGUCACCCAACAACAACUUGCCUGCCUCCUGACUUCUCUCUGUCUCUUUCCUCUCCUCAGCUCUGAAAAUGGCCUCAAUUCUCCAUAAACUGAUGACCCCACUGUUCAGUGGUCCCCCUGAGCCCCCCAGGAAUAAAGUGACAGUGGUGGGUGUGGGCCAGGUUGGCAUGGCUUGUGCUGUCAGCAUCCUGCUUAGGGUAAGAGACCCGCAACGCUCAGAUUAUCACCCUGCCUGCUGGUGCCACAGAGCGGAGUAAUACGGCAUCCUGGUAGACUGACACGGGAUUACUGAUCUGUUUGUGUCUGAUCUGACUUUUAUCCCUUCAAUGCACGUGUUAAUGGUGGGGAUAGGGUCAGAAAAACAGUUGAUAAUUAUAACGUUGAAAACACUGUGCUGAUUGUAGUCUAUCAAAUAUGUAUCAAUAUCAGUGAGCAUAUUUUUCAAUAUCAGCAGAUUUGGAAACAUUUUGGUAACGCUGUUUUUUACGGUACACUUAUUAACAGGUAAUUACCUAGUAACGACAUGAAAUUAUCUGGUAAUUACAUGAUAACUACUAAAUCAGUACUGUCUAGCUACCAGGUAGGUAACCUUCCAUCAUCAUACAAAUUUGAAGCCGAAUUGCUCUGGUAUUUCCAGGAUUUCCCCCGCUUCCUGGAACCACCACUUGCGCAGUAGCAUUGUACGCAUUCGGCGGGUGAGUCGCUGUGAUAAUGCUCGGCUAAAACAGCGUAUCGCUACACAAUAUUCGCAUGCCCAUAGGCUGUAUCAAGUGUCAAUCAUAGAAAAUAAGAACCCCAAAUAGCUUUUGAAAAUGGAGCUGCACAGAAAAAAGAAAAACAGAAAAACGAGACAGUAUUGACUUAGUAGUUAUCAUGUAAUUACCAGAUAAUUUCAUGUUGUUAUUAGGUAAUUACCUGUUAAUUAUCUGGUAAUAAGUGUAUCGUAAAAGAAAGCGUUACCAACAUUUUUACUAAACAGAUGAUGGAAAAACAGCACUCUUAAGAUUUGAAGGUAUGGUGCAGAACUCAACACCUAUAAUGCUGAGCACAAUUGUGAUUUUUUAAAAUACUCUCUUAUUCGUUUCCUAAAGGAUUUAAUUGACUGAGCACCUUAGCACAAUCAUUUUGGAGCAUUGUUAGCACAACCCUCAAAAAGACUUGUUCAACAACAGAAAAAACAACAUUAUAUUGUUCACCUUAACAAAAUCCAGCAAAAUUUCCCCAAACCAAAACCUGCAUCAUUAUUUAAAUAUCCUCCCAGUCACUGACCUCUCUAUGAAAUAACCUGUUAAUGUUCAGGCCAGAGGCUUUUCUUCAACAGAUGAUCUCUGAACCCCCUCCUAUUACAACUUUAACCUGUUUAUGAACUUUCAUUUGGCUGGUCAUCUCAGCUGCCGGACAGGUUUGUUUGCUGAUUGAGUGGACUGUAAGGGAGAGCAGUGGUGCUCUGACUGUCUCUGAUGUGCGCAGGAGCUGGCUGAUGAACUGGCCCUGGUGGAUGUGAUGGAAGACAAGCUGAAGGGAGAGAUGAUGGACCUGCAGCAUGGAAGCCUCUUCCUCAAAACUCCCAAAAUAGUGGCAGAUAAAGGCAAGUUUAUACCCCAGUCAUGCCAAUCCUAAUAUAGUGAGGUGUUUCCAGACUGCAAUUUCCUGGGAAGCAGUGUUGGUACUUUGCUUUUGUUGCUUUUUCCACCGACUGGAAUUGAAAGUCGUUUGGAUUCUUGGCAGAAAUUUGAGUCAGCAAUAAGAUGAAUACACUUUCACAACCUCAUCUUCAUGAAUAUGAGACUCUUACUGCUUCUUCUCCCUUAGACUAUUCUGUUACAGCAAAUUCCCGCAUUGUUGUGGUGACCGCUGGAGUCCGUCAGCAGGAAGGAGAGAGCAGACUGAACCUAGUCCAGAGGAACGUCAACAUUUUCAGGCACAUUGUCCCCCAGAUUGUCCAAUACAGCCCUGACUGCAUCAUCAUUGUGGUUUCAAACCCAGGUACCACAUGACACAUUUCCUCACGCUUUUUCCCCAUCCUCAGUGUUCACUUUAUAACAACUACACUUUUUUAACAGUUGAUGUACUGACCUAUGUGACUUGGAAGCUCAGCGGCUUUCCCAAGCACCGCGUCAUCGGCAGCGGCACUAACUUGGACUCGGCUCGCUUCCGUUUCCUGAUGGCCGACAAACUGGGGAUCCACGCCAGCAGCUUUAAUGGCUGGAUUCUAGGAGAGCAUGGAGACACCAGCGGUGAGGUUUCCUCAGUUUCAUAGCUGCUGUUUUCAAGCAAACAAAAGUCCACAACAAUACCAUUAUGGAGCUCUGACCGCUAAAUUCAACUAGAUUCAUUUCAGUCUAUCUUCAUCCCAACGAUAAAGUAAAGCUGACCGUUUUUUACUUUAGUCAAUGUUUGUUUCCACUGCAGCAUGUCUCUGCUUCAUCUUAGUCCAGCAAUCCAGAAUCCUUCACAUCAAUCAGUACAGGGCAUAACUAGGGGGACAGGAAGUCAGACUCCAUAAAAACAUUAAAACACCUGAUUGAUUUUUAAGGUGAAAUAAAGAUUGCAUUUUACUUAACCAGGCCAACAAACUUAAAGUUUGUAGAGUCAUGCCUAGAAGGAGCAGUCCAGAGAUUCAGAGAUCACUGUGGAGGUAGAAAACCACUGAUUCAGUAUUUAACAUGGGAAACUUUGGUGCUGAAAAAGUGGGUGGGUGGUGGGUGAUGACAGAUGAGGCAAGCCAAACAAGAUUGGAGACGGACUGAACACAGAUCUGGUGGUGGUCUGACGUACACUGAACCAAAUAUGUUGACAUAUUGGUGUCCUAGUGUGUGCCUCUUCUGCACAGAGUGAUAGCAUGGCAGAAGCAAAAGUGGCACAAGGUGUAGACAAAAGUGAAAGCUUCACGUAAACACUCACAGGGCUGUUCUGUCCUGCUGGUAACUUCCUGUUAUUACCUCCUCUUCUGUUUCAGAGUUGCUUGUGUAUAAAGAGCUUAAAAGAAACACAUCACUCCUUAAUGCUGCUUAAAUUAAUAUGCAGACCUUGACUGUGUGAGGAUUUAGUUAGAAAAAAGAAGGUUUAUGGUUUCAUCCUGUGUUUAGUGCCUGUGUGGAGUGGAACAAACGUGGCCGGGGUCAGCUUGCAGACAUUAAACCCUGAUAUCGGCACUGACGUCGAUGAUGAGAACUGGAAGGAAACCCAUAAGAUGGUGGUGGACAGGUAGGCUACGUGACUUUGGCUGCCCCUGUUCUCUAUUUUCUAAUGAGUCGUGGUGAGUCAUGAGUCAGUCUUCUAUUCUGUUGUUUGAUAUCACUACAUGUAAUCCCGAUGAACCUGUUCCCUACACCAUCAUGGGCUUCAGUUUUAGAGUUUAAUGUUGGACAGAAACACAGAUAUGCUUUUUUAGUCAUUACUUCAAAUGACUAACUUGAUUUGAUCGGACAAGUCUUGACUUUUCCUAAACAAAGAAAACCAACAACAAAAACACAAGGGAAAAAUGAUACGAUAAUGACCUUUAGGCUUGUUUUCUUGAGUUUGAAUUGUGAAGUGGGAUGGAUUAUAAGUAGCUCAUGCUAAUUGUACUGAGCAUAUGAGCAGUAUAGUGAAUUCAGUGGCUCACACAACCAAAGUAACCGAAUGGUGACAAUGAAAGACUGAAUGGUGACAGUCAUAAUGUCUUAUUUUCUCUCUUUUUUUAACUCAAAUUAACAAAAGAAUCAGGCCACAAAGCUGCAGUUAGGAACUUUGGAUUUUGUCGAUUUCAGCGCCCCCUGUGGGCAAAGAUUUACAUCUAAAAACUUUAUGUUUUAUGCUUGUCCGUGUACAUGUGAAGGUACUAUUAUUUGAUUAAAAAAAUCUAAUCCUGCUUGAGUCAGCAAUAAGGAAAAUAUACUUUCACAACCUCAUCUUCAUGAAUAUGAGACUCCUACCACAAUAACCGAGACAAUUAAAUGUAUGUUGGUGCUAUCUGCGCUUUUGUAACACUCUUUAUCUGAUUUAUUGUCAUUUAGAUAAAAUAAUUCAUAUUUUGCAAUAUAAAACAGUCUAUGAACAAACCAGCUCGUCUCACAUUGUGUCUCGUGUCUUUCAGUGCUUACGAGGUGAUCAAACUGAAGGGUUACACCAACUGGGCCAUCGGUCUGAGUGUAGCUGACCUGAUAGAGAGCCUCAUGAGGAACCUGAACAGGAUUCAUCCCGUUUCCACCAUGGUGCAGGUAGGAACUGCUCACACAGACGUACACACGUCUAAUUUUGAAUUUUAGAAACAAACGUCGUCUUUUAAACCUGAGACUCUGAGAAAAGCAUCUCACAAGCAGACAUUAAGAUUGUUGUUCCUGUACAGGGCAUGUAUGGAAUCAGCGACGAGGUGUAUCUGAGUCUGCCCUGUGUGCUGAAUGGCGGAGGAGUUGCCAGCGUGGUUAACAUGACCCUGACAGAUGAUGAGGUGGCUCAACUGCAGGCCAGUGCCAACACUCUGUGGGACAUCCAGAAGGACUUGCAGAACGUCUAAGAGGACAACAGAGGGCACUGUUACUGCAACUUCCUGACUGCUCCUCAUCCACAGUAUCAACACUCUGCAGUCCCAGGACACCGACAGCUCCACCUUCCACACCUUUAACCUACCGCCCUCUUUAGAUUCACAGGUGUUACACGGGAUUAAUCCCGUCAGAUUUAGCUGUAGGUGUCACUCUGUACAGAGAACCAAGCCGACAUCAACAGGGUGAAAUGCUGCUCUGACUCAUUCGUACUCAGCUGUGAUGCAGUGUGGGCCACUCAUCUUUCUCUGGUGUGUAAUAAAGACAGCGUGUUGGUCCUUGAACAGGUUGUAGAUGUGUGCUGUUACACUAUUCCUGUAAUACAUUUGUUUGAAUCUUCAAUCAAAAAUCAUAUAAACUGUAGGAAUGUG